GGGAGGCUGAAGGCGGGAGACACCUGGAGUGGGAGCUAGGGCCACCCACGCUGCCCCUCGGUGUGUGGGUUCACCUUCCAGCUCCCGAGCUAAAGGUUUGCGGGUUCGCCUCCCAGUGCCAGCGCCAGCGAGCGACGUUCCCAGCUUGUAGCCGCCGGGUGCUGCGUGGCACAGGUCCAUUAGAUUUAAGUUGCGAGUUCUCUCUGGGCACCAGUAAAUGUGGACAUGCCAGUUGGGAGAUAAGAAGAUUGCAGCCAAAAGAAGGACCAUGGCUUUGGAAGGUGGAGUGCAGGCUGAGGAGCCUCUCUGGAUGUAGGAAGCAUAAUCGGGCAGCCAUGGAGUGGGACAAUGGGACAGGCCAGGCCCUGGGCUCACCGCCCACCACCUGCGUCUACCAAGAGAACUUCAAGAGACUGCUCCUGCCGCCUGUGUACUCAGUGGUGCUGGCGGCCGGCCUGCCACUGAACACCUGUGUCAUUGCCCAGAUUUGCACAUCCCGCCGGGCCCUGACACGCACAGCCGUGUACACCCUGAACCUGGCGCUGGCUGACCUGCUCUAUGCCUGCUCCCUGCCUCUGCUCAUCUACAACUAUGCCCAAGGUGACCACUGGCCCUUUGGCGACCUCACCUGCCGCCUGGUCCGCUUCCUUUUUUAUGCCAACCUACACGGCAGCAUCCUCUUCCUCACCUGCAUCAGUUUCCAGCGCUAUUUGGGCAUCUGCCACCCACUGGCCCCCUGGCACAAGCGUGGGGGCCGCCGCACUGCCUGGGUGGUGUGUGGGGCUGUGUGGCUGGCUGUGAUGACCCAGUGUCUGCCCACAGCCCUCUUUGCUGCCACAGGCAUCCAGCGUAACCGCACCGUCUGCUACGACCUGAGCCCACCUGCCCUGGCCACCCACUAUAUGCCCUAUGGCAUGGCUCUCACAGUCAUCGGCUUUCUGCUGCCCUUUGCUGCCCUGCUGGCCUGCUACUGCCGCCUGGCCUAUCGUCUGUGCCGCCAGGACGGCCCAGCGGGGCCAGUGGCCCGGGAACGGCGUGGCAAGGCAGCCCGCAUGGCUGUGGUGGUGGCAGCCGCCUUUGCCAUCAGCUUCCUGCCCUUCCAUGUCACCAAGACAGCCUACCUGGCAGUGCGCUCUACACCAGGUGUCUCCUGCCGUGUGCUGGAGGCCUUUGCGGCUGCCUACAAAGUCACACGGCCCUUUGCCAGUGCCAACAGCGUGCUGGAUCCCAUUCUCUUCUACUUCACUCAGAAGAAGUUCCGCCAGCGGCCACACGCGCUGCUGCAGAAACUCACAGCCAAGUGGCACCGACAGGGUCACUGAGUCCACUGGGGAAAGACACCUGGGGCCAGGGCACCAGAAGCCCCACCAACCCCGAACCAUGCAGAGAAUUAGAGCUUAGCUCAGCUGGGCAUGGAGUGAGGUUCCCUCGCAGACUCCAAAAUCUCACCAACAACUAUUUAUUGAACUCUUUCUCUGGACCAGGCUGUGUGGGCACAGAGACAAGCUUGGACCUGGCUCUCUAGAAGGUCCUGGUCAGCUCUGGAGAGGCAGGGAAGCCAUUCUAAGCUGCUCACAAAAAUGUAGAGUGACAUGCACUGUAAUUGAGGAGUCUGGUAUAUGUUUUGGAGUCACCAAUAAAGGGAGUGAGGGAAGAUGGGAGGCAGAAGUGAGGGCUGGAAAGGAGCAUUUGAGUUGGAUUUUGAGGGAUGAAUAUGAGCGUUCUGGAGGUAUGUGAUGUUCCCUUCAUUCAGCAAACCUUUACCUACACCCUGUACUUGGGCCCGGGUUGAUUCUGGGGCCCCAGGAGAACCGGUCCCAGCUCUGCCCCAUAUAAGCUCCCAACUAUUAUAUAUGCAGACAUUUGACAAAGUGAUGUCAAGGCUGUGACAGAGGGAAGUAUGGCUGGGGAGAAGGGGCGAACAAAGGAUCCCAUGAUGCAGUCUGAGGAGUCAGGAAAGAUCUCGCAGGGUGGGGAUGGGCGGCAUCUGAACCAGAGGUUGAAGGCUGAGUGGCAGGUCAGCAAACAGAAGUGGGGAGCAUGUUCACACAGCCCGGGACGGCGGCCUGUGCUAGACUCUGCCCUGGGGCAGAUGGGUAGAGAGAGGGGUGUGGGGCAGGCAUAUGGCCUCCCUUGUGUGAAAGUUGAGAAAACAAAAGCUGUCCCGUGGCCACCCUCCAGGCUGUGGGGGCUCAGCAGAGGGAGGAAUCAGGGAGUGCUUCUUCAAAGAGGUGGAGCUUAAUCCCAGGAGGAAUCCAAAAGGCAGAGAGAAGGAGGCUGCUCCUGAUGGAAGGCACUGUAUGCAUAAAACCCAGAGGCAGAGAUGCAUUGAAUCUGGCUGUAAAUCAAUAGUGAGUUUCAGUUAAGUCCAAGAGGGGAUGGAGUGGGUGGGGCCACCUACCUCUUCACAUGGGCCUCUUUCAGCCUCGGGGUAUCCUGGGUGGCUGAGGACCCCCAAGUAAGGGGAAAUAGCCCUUCAACAUUCCUUCAUUCUAGAAGAAGUCAACAACUGGAAGAGACUCAGUGCCACACCAGGGCUACCAGGAGGCUGUGACGUGGAGGUGCAGAGGUCCUGUGGCCAGUCUCAGGACAGACUGUCCAUGGGUUCUGCUCCUGCCCUCUCACCUCCAUCUUUCUGGUCUGUGGAUUCCUGGGAGGCUGCUGGAGGCCAUGUCACAGGGGCACCUCAGACACAGACCCUGAGCCUUCCAAAGCUUUGGAAAGGCAUCUUCACUGAAGGUCUCUGAGGAGGCAGUGAAGGGAUUCUACCACAUAAGACCUCUUUACCUGCUCUCCCCACCUGAGGCCCCACCCGCACAGCUCCUCACCCCUCUCGGCUCCUUUUCCUCAUAUCUCCACCGCCCUCCCCCCCAACGUCACUUCUCCUCCAUUACUUAUUCCCUCCUCCCAGGUCCCAGCUUUCCACCUGUAGAACAAUCUUGCCUGCCCUUGGCUGCUGGUAUACCACCCAGACCCUGUGCCCGAAUCAGCCUUUACAAAGAGUCUACCUUCUUAGAAGAUAGAGGGGAGAGGGCAGGGCAUAGGAACAGGGCAGGGAGGGGAAGGACUGUGUAGCUUACUCAGCAUUUUUCUUUGAGCCAUGUCUAAUCUCCAAGGCUAUUGGGGGAUGGGGGCGUUCAGGGAAGGGUUCUGCAGAAGUUAAACUCCAUAGUAAUGUUGGAAGUGUGCUUGCAGCUGGCUGAGGAAGUGGGAGAACCAGGCCCAAACCGUCUUGGGAACCCAUCAAAAGUGCUCUUGCCGAAGAGACUGUUGAUAGUUUGGACAGAAGGGACUUUGAUUCUUUGGGUCACAGGGAGGAGAUGUGAGGAAACGUCAGAAGAUGUAUAUUCAAUGCAAUGCGAUGCGAUAUCCUGCUGAGGAGUACAGAUGAUGCGAGUCUGAGAUGAGACUCUUCAGUCGCCUGUCAUGGGGGAGGCGGGGAGUAGGAGCGCGGCCGGCGGGGGGCCUCUGCCCGUAGUGUCAGGCGAGCCCUGCAGAGAGGCCCAGAUGACUGUCCUAGCAGACUGCCAGGGAUGGUGACCGUUUGGUUACCUUUCUAAGAGUGGAAAUUAUGGGCCAUAGGUAAAUUCCAUGCCCAGCUUCCCUUCGCAAGGCAGAAUAGCAUAAAGGGCAGCCACUCCAGAGCCAGGUCACCUGAGCGUGUACCUUGGCUCUACCACUUCCUAGCUAUGCUACUCCGGGCAAGUUAUUUAGCCUCUUUGUACUGUAAUUUCCCAAGCUAUACGAUGGGAAUGGUGAUGCUAUCUGUCUUGUAAAGUGGUUGUAAGAACUAAUAUGUGCAAAGCACUUAGAAUAAUGCCAGAACGUAGUAAGUGUGCAAUGAGUGUAACUAUUGUAAUGAUUUUGCCUUUUGGGCACAUAAGUUCCUCCAGUGUCUCUCCCUAGGAAUUUGCCUAGGACGUUUCUAAACAAGGGGCUUUGAGCAGGGGAUUUCUCCUUUUCCUUCACCUGGGUAAGCAGCUGGUCUUUUAAGGAAAAAAACUUUUUCAGAACAAGGGCCAUAAUCAUGAACCCCAUCGACUCCUAUAAGAAGGAAAACCCAUUUAUUAAUGCCAGUAUCAGAGACUCCAAGUGCCAUUUGGGGAGCUUGAAUUUCUCCCUUCUUUCUCCCUCCUUUUGUCCCCACCCCCCACUCUCUCCCUCACUUUAACCCAGAGCACACCCAGUGACAGGGGCUUCAGCUGGGGGUGUCUGCUCACUGGGGCAGAGACAGAGGAGACAUAGACCACGGUGUGGAGGUAGAGUGUGGUGAGGGGCAGGUGGAGCAUGUGGGUCCACAAGGGUCCGAGUUGAUUCUCUGGGCUUGAGGAGGAUUUCCUGUGGGUGGAGCAGUGCAGCUGGGGCUUGCAGGAUGGCCGUAAUCAGACUGAAGAAGAGAGGGCAAGUGUGUUUCUGGUGCAGGGAACAGCACAGCCCAAGGCAUAGAGGCUGUUGGAGGAAGGAUGGGAAGAGAUUAGCCUGGAGAGUUGGCAGGGCUAGAGAGUAAAAGGCUCGGUGCCAGCCCAGGGAAGCACUGAGGGCCACAACAAUGACAGCAGUGGCCAUUUGCUGGGCUCUGCAGGUCCUAGGCACAUGCAGCGUGCUGUCCAUACGUUUUCUCAUUUAACUCUUACAAUACCUCCAAUUACAGGUGGGGCUACUGAGGCCCGGAUGUGGGAAUUGACCUGUGAAGGUCACACAGUCUUUCUCUAACCCAGAUACUGGAUGCCCCCCUUGCCUUACUCACCCUGUCUCCCUUCCCUUUCCUUAUAUUACCUGCCUUCCAAGUGCCUGCCUGCCUCAGCCAGUGCCAGUAAACUGGGGACCCCCUAGGAAGUUGUGACAGACAGCUAAGUGCCAACUGCAGUAUCAACUCUCUUUUAGUUGGGCGCAAGUUCUCCUCGGAUGAAGACUUCAGUUCCCAGCCUUACUUGCAUCUAGGUAUGGCCAGGUACCUUAAUCCUAGGCAAUGGGAUAUAAAAAAAAAAAAGUACCCUAAGGCGGUUUAAUACAGGAAGGGGAUGAUGUCUUUAAAAGAUAGGCAGCAUCUGUCCUUUGUCUCCCCUCCCUUCUUGCUGCUUACAAUGGGGACAUCACAGCUGACGUACCAUCUUAGACCAUGAGAAACAGCUUGGGUUUCUGACCAUUCCAGUUUGGGGCCACCUAAAUUUGGACUUUUGCACAAGAGAAAUAAAUGUCUAUCUUUUUUAAGCCACUA